GUUGCAGUUAUCGUUCAAACGUUGAAGUGUAUAGUUCUGUUUUCAUUGUUUCAAACUGGCAACGGAUUUAUAAGUUUAAAAGCGAAAUUGUGCGCACAACACCGAAGAAGAAAAAAAGUAACAACAUCACAUCGAAAUCAAUAGCAGCUCAAAUAAUAGCCGCUCAAUUUAUUUUUAUCAUAAACAUAUUUCGUGCAUGCUGUUGAUGCGAACAUUGCAUUUCACUUUUUAAAGAGAAAAAAAAACACAGUUUAACGAUUGAGUAUCGCAUAAAUUUUCGUGGCCGUAAUUCACGUGCAAUUAUUUAAUCGAAGAAAGAAAAAGUCAAGAGAAAAAGCAACAGCAAAAAGAUGUCGGCCGAUUCGGAAUUGACUUCGAUUUUAAAUCGACGUCAACAAAUCAACGAUGCACUGGAAAAUGGUGAAACAGUUAAGCAAACAUUUCGUCCGGGCAAUAUUUACACUGAAUUCCAUGAAUUCUCGCGCAAAGAGAUCAAAGAUUAUCAACUCACAUUCAAUAAAUACGAUGUUGGUAACGAUGGUUUCUUGGAUUUAGCCGAAUUGAAAGUGAUGAUGGAAAAAUUGUCAGCACCGCAAACACAUCUUGGAUUGAAAGCAAUGAUUGCCGAAGUCGAUGAAGAUCAAGAUGGAAAGAUUUCGUUCCGCGAAUUCUUGCUGAUUUACAGAAAAGCCAAAGCUGGUGACUUGGAUUCUGGUUCGGGUUUGAGUGAAUUGGCGCGUCUAACCGAAAUCGACGUAGACGAAGUGGGUGUGGUUGGCGCCAAAAGUUUCUUCGAAGCAAAAAUUCAAGAGCAACUUCUUACCAAUAAAUUCGCAGACGAAAUCCGCCAAGAGCAAGAGGAACGAAAACGUGCCGAUGAAGAGAAAGUAAUACGUCGCACACAGUUCCAACAGCGUGCCGCCAUUUUUCAACAAAAUUAGUAUUCGAUUGUUUGAGAAAGAUUUUCAUGAUUAAUUUUUUGCGAAUAUAUUGAAAUAUUUUAUGUUUGUCGAUCUGAUUUUCGUUUCUCAGUGUAAUCUUUUUUGAGAUUUUUUUUGUUGCCCAUGCAAACCGUUUUUUUGCGUUCGUUUUAAGAAUUCUUCUGAAUUAUAUAUGUAAAUUAAAUUCAAACAUCAUCGUAGCAAAUGUAAGAUUUUAACAGUAGUAUGCUUUAAGCUAGUCGAAAACAAACAAAAAAAAACAAACAAAAAAUUGUAUAAAACAAAAAUAAUUUAGUUAUAUUGUUUAUUGCAUCUUGAUGUAUUUUAAUUGUAAAAAUGAAAGAAAGAGAAAAAUAAGUGAAAAAUUGUUCCCAUCAAAUGCUGUUUUGUAUUUGCAAAAUCAAUAAAAAUUGUACCCGUUAUUGAAAUGAAAUCAUUUAA